AUGGAAACCCUUAUGCUAAGAGCUGAUAUUCAAGAAGAUGAAGAAGCUGUUAUAUCGCGAUUCAUGGGAGGUCUUAACCGAGAAAUCCAAGACCGUCUAGAAAUCCAGCACUAUGUGGAACUUGAGGAGAUUCUUCACAAGGCAGUCAUGUUCCAACAGCAAAUCAAACGGAAGAAUUCUCGAUCCAGCUACAGCACCGCCAAGACCAACUACAGUUUAGGGAAACCAAGUUUUAAAAAGGAGGAAAAGCCCAGCUACCAAAAGGACUACAAGCCAUUCGUCAAGCCAAAACUGCUAGAUUCAGACCAAAAGGAAAGGGUAAGGAGGUGA